AUGCAUAUGAGAGCUCAAGCAUAUUUGCCAUAUUUGGUACCUUCUUCUCUCAGCAUAUUUGGCAGCUGCAUCUGUGCUGCCAUGCUAGGCAGGACUGGUCUGGUUUCAUCGAAUUCAAGCUUGACUUCGCAGCAACCAAGAACCUUGCCAUCAGCAGACGAUGUUGCUCCGACGAUUUCUCCGCUGGGGGCCACAUCUGGAGAGUACGAUGCCUACCCGCAUGGAAACAAGGCCGACAAUAAUGUUUUGCAGCAGCGGGACAACGACCCAAUACCAGUGCCAGCCUCCGACAUCGCUGGCCAUCUCGGCCGCCUCCUGGACUGCGCCGAUGGUUCAGACGUGGUGUUCUCUGUCAGCGGUGAGAAGUUCAGUGCGCACAAGGCCGUGCUCGCCGCCUGCUCGCCGGUCUUCAAAGCGCAGCUCUUUGGCUCCAUGGCGGAGGCCAAGAUGCGCUGCAUCACGCUGCACGACAUCAAGCCGAAAACGUUCCAGGUCCUGCUGCGGUUCAUGUACACGGAUGAACUACCAAGGGAUGAUGAAAUCCAGAGCUCUUCCAACAACAUCGACUUGUUCCAGAAUUUGCUCGUGGCAGCUGACAUGUACCAUCUGUACCGGCUGAAGCUCAUGUGCGCCCGCAAGCUAUGGGACUGCGUAUCGGCGGAGACUGUUGCCGAGGUUCUCAGCUGUGCUGAAAUGUACAACUGCUCGGAGCUGAAGAGCACGUGCCUGGACUACUUUGUUCUGGAGGAAAACUUCAAGAUUGCUGUGCUGACGGAUGGGUACUUCCAGCUCAUGCAGAGUUUUCCGUCCGUCAUUGAUGAGAUAAGAGCGCGGCGCAGGUUCGAUCGUCAGACCUAGCUAAGACAUAUGGUGCGUGCUAGCUAGAAUGGUCUGCAGUUUUAUUUCUUGGACGGAAUAUGUGUAGAUUAUAUAUAUGUAAGCCAUGCUUUACUCAUGUAUCUUAGCUUAUAUUAUCAUAUGUUGAGUGGGUUAUAAAAUCAUGUCUGGUUAGUUGA